UUAUACUUACUGAUAUUAUUUAUACUUGUUCCCUUAUAGUUUUUGUUUACCUGUUCUAGUAAAAGAGAGAUUGCUGCAUUCACUCUCACCAUAAAUUCAGCAAGUGUAUUAUCUCUACUUUGUACCAGGCUGUUAAAGGAACCCAUACCUUGCCCGGCUACCCAGAAGGCAACGGAUAAUUUAGUACAAUAUUUCUCUUUUAUCAGUUAUAGGGACCUAUUGGUUCCAGGAGGAAAAUGAUCAUUAUCAGUUAUUUAUAUAGUGCCAGUGGCACAGCUCUUUGCAUUAGUUUGUAAUAAACAGGGGUCCUACAACCGAUAUAAAGAGAUGAAGGAAUAUAAAUGACCCCCUGUACCCCAUCCUGAUAAUUUAUGAUUGUUCCCUAAUAAUAAGUGGUAAUGCUGAUAGGUCAUCUAAAUGGGCAGAGCUGCCACUAUUGCCAUCUAUAGAGUACAUAGGAGUUUAGGGGUUAACAGGAAGUCAAAGUCCAAACAACAAACUUGCCCCACUCUGUGUGAGAGGGGGAGAUAAAACAAGUCCAACUGGUUAUAAAGAGAGAGGAAAGUUCAGUUUCAUUUCUUGUUCCUGAUUUCAGCGAUGGCGGCUGCUGAUCUGAGAGACGAGCUGAUCUGCUCCAUCUGCCUGAGCAUUUAUACUGAUCCGGUAUCCCUGCCCUGUGGCCAUAACUUCUGCCGGGACUGCAUUGGGGGGGUGCUGGGUACCCAGGAGGGAUCUGGGGCUUAUUCCUGCCCUGAAUGCAGAGCUGAGUAUCAGGAGCGCCCUGCCCUGCCCAGGAACAGAGCUCUGGGGAACAUAGCAGAGAGGUUCCGUCCGACUGAGACAGAGCCGGGGGAGACUGGGAUUCCCUGCUCCUACUGUCUCCUCUCUCCUGUACCUGCUGCUAAAUCCUGUCUCCUGUGUGAGGCUUCUCUGUGUGAUACCCACCUGAGGGGGCACUGCCAGUCAGCAGAACAUGUACUCACUGAGCCCACCGCUUCCUUUAUGGGGAGAAAAUGUUCUGUACAUCACAAGGUUCUGGAGUAUCACUGCUGUGAGGACUCUGCCUUUAUCUGUGUGUAUUGUUGCCUGGCCGGGGAGCACCGGGGCCACAGGGUGGAGCUGCUGAGUGAGGCCUCUGAGAAGAAGAAAGAGAAACUGAGGAAAGUUCUGGAGAAACUGAGCCCAGAGAGAGAGGAGACUGAGAGAGGAGCCCAGAGGCUGCAGGAGCGCAGGAGAGAAGUGGCAGAAGUGGCAGCCGGUGAGACAGAGAGAGUCACUGCCCUGUUUAGGGGCAUCAGGGAAGAGCUGGAAGCCCUAGAGAAGCGACUCCUGAGUGACAUCUCCAGGCAGAAAGAGGAGCUUUGCCUCCAACUCACUGAGCUGAUCCAACAGCUGGAAAUAAAGAAGGACGAGCUGUCCAGGAAGAUCCGUCACAUUGAGGAGCUGUGCAACAUGGCAGAUCCACUCACUGUCCUACAGGAACAAUGGGAAUCCCAUGGAGCUGCCUUUUGUGGGGCUGAGGGGGCAGAUACUGAGGGCAGAGAGAGAGAGGAUACUGAGGGGGCAGAUACUGAGGGCAGAGAGAGAGGGGGUAUAAAGGUCCCGGCUGUAGGGCAUCUGGAUGUGGGUCGGAUCUCAGAGACAUUACUCACAGGCUUAGCUGGGAUUGUGACUGGGGUAGAGGGAAGGCUGAUCUAUGGGCAGGAGGCUACAGAGCUGGUACUGGAUAUAAACACGGCUGGGAAUCAUGUAUCUGUAUCAGGGGAUGGGAAAUCUGCUUCCUACUCACAUACAGACCAGCGUCACCCACAAACCCCAGAGAGAUUUCAGGUUCCUCAGGCUUUAAGCAGCAGGAGUUUCCCCUCAGGGCGACAUUACUGGGAAGUGGAGGUCAGUGAAUCAGGGUACUGGAGGGUAGGGGCGGCCUAUCCCAGUAUAGAGAGGGGAGGGGAUCAGUCUCUCAUUGGGAAUAAUAACAAGUCCUGGGGUUUGUACAGAUGGAAUAAUAACUAUACAGUGAGACAUGACAGGAAAGACACACAGUUACCCCACGCCCCUUCCUGCAGGAGAAUCAGGAUCUCAUUGGACUAUGAGGCCGGACGCCUGUCCUUUUAUGAGCUGAGUGAGCCAAUCAGGCACUUACACACCUUCACUGCCUCCUUCACUGAGCCCCUUCAUGCUGCAUUCUGGGUAGUGGGGUAUAAUGGUGUCUAUGUGAGAAUCAUUAGUUCGGGCCCUGCCCACUGCCCAGCUGGAAACCAAUGACUUGGUUCUUUAAACACAAUCUGCUUGAGUUCUCACCAAUGCCGGAUUUGUCUUCCAGGUGCCUUGAGGCUGCCACCGUUGGUCAACCCCACCACCCGCCCCCCCGAGUGCUAACCCUUCCACCCUUCUUUUUGGGGUCUUUGGCUGGUCUGGUAACUCCCUCAGCCUAUCACCCCUAGAGGGAGCUCUAACAGGAUCUCUCCCCACACUGGCGAUGGCGGCUGCUGAUCUGAGAGACGAGCUGAUC